CAGGAAGAGUUUGAACACACUGCAGAGGGAGUGCAGCUAUGGGGAACACGCAGGAGAAACCCUCGGGCAGCGGAGGAGGGGGAGCUAGACCGGAUCAGGCUGCAUCAGGGAUUGGGGCAAGGAGCCGGUGUGGAGGCAACAUGGAAAAGCCCCCCUCUCAGAGAGCUCCAGAGAAGGGAGUAGCCAAUGGCACACAGAGGGAAAAGAGCCCUGCUGGUGGACAAGAGGAGCAGGACAGCCCUGCAGUAGACACAAGUUACUUGGACGCCCCUGCUGGUGCCCUUCCUCCUCACCUGGCUCGACUCAAGAAUGAGGGAAACCACCUCUUCAAACAUGGCCAGUUUGGAGACGCCUUGGAGAAGUACACCCAGGCCAUUGAUGGAUGCGCUGAAGCAGGCAUUGAUAGUCCAGAAGACCUGUGUAUUCUCUACUCCAACAGAGCAGCCUGUUACCUGAAGGAUGGAAACAGCACUGACUGCAUACAGGACUGCAACAAGGCUUUGGAGCUGCAGCCCUACUCCUUGAAGCCCCUGUUACGCAGAGCUAUAGCCUAUGAGUCACUGGAGCGCUACAGAAAGGCGUAUGUGGAUUAUAAGACUGUCCUGCAGAUGGACACCGGGGUGCAAGCGGCUCACGACAGCGUCCACAGGAUCACCAAGAUGCUGAUCGAGCAGGAUGGGCCUGAUUGGAGGGACAAGCUUCCAGAAAUCCCUGUUGUCCCUCUGUCUGUCCAGCAGCAGCACAGACAGAAACCAGUCAGCAUCGAGCUGGCCCAGGCCCGAGCUGCCAGGGCUGCACAGGAGGACGCCAGAAGAAAAGAAGCCCAGUUUAUUUUACUGAAACAGAAAGGCAAUGAUCUGGUCAAGACAGGCCACUUCCAAGAGGCUCUGGAGAAGUACAGUGAAUGUCUCACCAUAAAACCUGACGAAUGUGCUCUCUACACAAACAGAGCCAUUUGCCACUUGAAACUGAAUCGCUUUAAAGAGGCCAAACAGGACUGUGACUCUGCUCUGCAACUGGAGCCGGGGAACAAGAAAGCCUUCUACAGACGAGCACUGGCAUACAAAGGUUUACAGGACUAUCUGUCAGCCACCAGUGACCUCCAAGAAGUCCUCCAGCUGGACCCAAACGUUCGGGAGGCCGAACAGGAGCUUGAAGUGGUGACCAGCUUGCUGAGACAGAGCCUGCUGGACAACGCUGCACACUCAAAGGUUUGAUGGCUCUUUGUGGAUCGAUAUAGAAGCAGAGGAAUGAAACAGGUGUGGACUCGUACUGUAUUGUAGCACUUCUGGAGAAGAGAGACUUAAAUCCAUCAACCUGAGUAAGUAUGACCUGUAAAAACUGAAAUUACUGGCAUUAACUCCUAGGACGGGCUCCUUGGACGACCAGUUUUUGAGCUCUGCACCAUCUGCAACGAGUGCAAACCACUCCAUAACUCCCGAGUGCACAACCUUACAUAAUGGGCAGCUUUGUUUAAAAAGGCUAAUGUCAAGGUACUUGACCUGCUUGCACUACAAAACAUUAACAAUAUGAUGUAAUAUACUGUAUAUACAGAUUCAUGUACCAGGAUGCCGAGCACUGUUAUUUGUUGAAGUAAAAUGGGGAAAAAAAGAGUGAACAAUGUGUGCCUUAUUGAGAUUUCUACCAGUUAGGAUGAAAUAUGCCAAGAUUAGAAGUUUUACUUUGAUUUGUUUUAAAGAUGUUGAGUUUGAUUCCAAAAUAAUUCACUGAGUUCAUGAAGGGAAGGCCCAGAAAGAUCAAGCAAGGUCAGUAGGUCAUUAUCUGGUACAUUCCCUAUGUAUCUAGGAUUUCACCAUUUCCAGCUAAUGUACAAGAAAUAUAAUCAGUGUUUACACUUAAUCAUUACAGCUGCUGCUAAUAUAAGAAGACAAGCCAACAACUCUCUCUCAAUUAUCAUCAUCAUCCUUAUACAGUGUUGGUUUUUGCUUUAUAAGAGAAAAACAUUGCAGAUUUCCAUCUAAUCUGUGACAACACCGCUGUUUAAUAAGCUCUUCUAGUCUGUAGAACUCUGUCUAUGUUUUAGGCCUCUAGACUGAAGUGAGAUGCUGUAACCUAAAUAGAAUUCAACAUGUUAAAAUAAUGAUUUACCAUAGAAUAAAAUAAAUUCUGAGCUCAGUCAUUGUUAAUCACGAGGUUGUUGCUUCACUGGUUUUAGAUAAGUAUCCAGCUACUGAAGUUAGCGUUACAGGUCAAUUAGCCAUUUCUCACCCAGUCUGGAUAAAAUUAACUUCAUCACAUUUCUCCUUCUUCUACUUCAAUUGGCUGAAAAUCACCAGUUGAGAUGAAGAGUGUCCUGGAGGUCAAGUAGCCAAUCCUCAGCCUGGUGUUCCUCCCACAAAAUAAGACACAGUUCAAAAAUGAUCAGGUCAAAUGGCUAAACAUACAAGCAGAACAUCAUCACUUUAGUCAAAUGAACAGCAACUCUACCAGUUACACUUAGAAUGUACCCUGACAUUUUAAAAGCCCUGAUGCAGGUUCACUUACACAGGUGUUUUCACUUCUUUUACCUGAUUAGAGUUCAGGUCAGCAUACAAGCAUACAGCUCCUCCAAGUUUCAACCUGAGCAGGGGGCUAAUUAACUGGAAUUAAAAUCACCUGUGUGGGAGAGCAGGUUUGUGUUUCUUUUGAAUAUGCAGCACCUUACACAUUUUAAAUACCCCUCUGUGACACAGACAGAAAAUGUAAAUGUAUAGAACAAUGUGCCACAGCUUUUCAAUUGUACUUUAAAGUAUUAAAAUGUUUGUUGUCCAUCAUAUAUCCCUGUUUUAUCUCCUUUUCUUGUUUUUUUUUUCCUUCU